AUGGACGGAGCAGGAGCUGCCUCGGCCGCCCAGAACGGCAAGAAGGUCAAGACUGCCGCGCAGAAGCGCCGGCGGACAGAGCAGCGACGGAGGCGGAGAGCAAAGCAGGCGGUAGCCAAGGAGUCACAGAGGGACAUGCUGCGCGAGAUCGACCCGUCCCAGGGACCCCCCGAGUGCUCAUUCUGUUACUCCAAGACCCACAGCAGCAGCGGCUGCCCCGACAAGGCCGUCAUCAAGGCCCGGCAGGACCGCAAGAUCGAGCGGCGUCAGCAGAUGAAGCGCCGGAAGGAGGAGGCGGAGGCCGCCGGAGUGCGGGAAGUCGCCAUUGACGAUCGCGUCAGGGUCGUCUUCGCUCCUCUGCUGGUGGGAGGGGAGCCCCUGACCUCUGUCGCGCUCAUCAGCAUGUAUCACCAGCUCUGCGCCCGGGCAUUCUCGCGUGAGCUCCCCGAUCGGGAGAAGGACGGCUGGAACCUCAAGGUCAACAUGGCGGUGCGGGUGGCGAUGACGCACGGGCUGGCAAACAUUGCUGAGCUCAUGGGCCAUCUCGUUCUCUGA